AUGUCAGCCGUAAAGCAUUCCCACGCCGCCGUCUUUUCCGAGCAUCCAAUCUGUGUGUGUGUUAUUGGAUUUGUCUUCCCAAAAGCUGCCACCGCGUGGUGCCCGACCGGCUGGUUUCCUGAGACGGGGGUUGCCAUAGCAACAGGUAGCCACGUAAGGCACGGUGGCCAGUCAGGGCAGGGCGGAUGCAUCGCCUCCAUGACGGUGCCCGUGUACAUCGCAGAGGCCUCGCCGCCGCACCUCCGCGGCCAGUUGGUGACCGUCAACACACUCUUCAUCACCGGCGGACAGUUCGCCGCCAGCGUCGUCGACGGCGCCUUCAGCUACUUGCAGCGCGACGGCUGGAGGUACAUGCUGGGCCUGUCGGUGGCGCCCGCUGUUCUCCAGUUUGUGGGAUUCCUCUUCCUGCCCGAGAGCCCUCGCUGGCUGAUCCAGCGCGGGCUGACCCAGAAGGCCCGCCGAGUGCUCAGCCAGAUCCGGGGCAACCAGAACAUCGACGAGGAGUACGACGGCAUCAAGAACAGCAUCGAGGAGGAGGAGAAGGACGGCGGAGGAGAUGGCCCUGUGAUCUGGCGCAUGCUGACCUACCCCCCCACGCGGCGGGCUCUUUUUGUGGGUUGCGGCCUGCAGAUGUUCCAGCAGCUUGCAGGAAUCAACACCGUCAUGUACUACAGCGCCACCAUCCUGCAGAUGUCUGGCGUGCGGGAUGACCACCUUGCCAUCUGGCUGGCCGGCCUCGCCACCCUGACUAACUUCCUGUUCACGCUGCUGGGGGUGUGGCUGGUGGAGCGAGUGGGCCGACGGAAGCUCACGCUGGGCAGCAUCGUCUGCACAUGUCUCAGCUUGUGCGUGCUCGCCGUGGGCUUCCUGCUGUCAGCGCAGCACAGUCCUCCUGUCACCUUCCACCCGUUAGAGCCCGCCAAGGCCAACACAACCUGCUUCAAAUAUCAGCUGUGUGAGCCGUGCAUGCUGGACCCGGCCUGUGGCUUCUGCUACCGGGAGAACGGCUCGGCGCUGCUCACCUCCUCCUGCGUUCCCGUCAAUAAGGCCUCCACUGAGCAGGCGGCGUGGGGCAGGUGUUCCAACUCCAGCCGGAUGAGGGAGCACACCUACUGGGCCUACAACUACUGUCCCACCUCCUUCUCCUGGCUGGUCUUGUUGGGCUUGAUGCUCUACUUGGCCGCUUUUGCACCUGGUAUGGGCCCCAUGCCCUGGACCAUCAACUCAGAAAUCUACCCGCUGUGGGCGAGGAGCACCGGCAACGCGUGUGCAGCAGGAGUCAACUGGACCUUCAAUGUUCUGGUCUCGCUCACCUUCCUCCACCUGGCCCAGUUCUUCACUUACUAUGGAGCGUUCUUCCUCUACUCCAGCAUGGCCUUCCUGGGCUUCAUCUUCAUCUUCGGCUGCUUGCCCGAGACCAAAGGCCGGCGUUUGGAGGAGAUCGAGGCUCUGUUUGAGAACCAGCUGUGCUCGUGCGGCGCGUCCGAUUCUGACGAGGGGCGGCAGGUUGAGUACAUCCGGGUUAAAGGCUCCAACUACCAUCUAUCAGACAACGACGCGUCCGACGUAGACUAGACGUGUUGUGGUAUGUUCAAUAACACACAGGGUGCUCUUGGUUUGAGCCUCUGCCCGGCCUUGUGGGUGUGUUCAUGUUCUCACUUCUUGGUGGACAAAUCUCAAACCACGCAGUAACAUUUAGAGGUGUCUUCUUUGUGGACACUUGAACAAACAACAGGAACCAUUGAAGCCUAUAAUUGAAGGAUAAUCCGUGAAUCAUCAACAUGUAGCACAGUCGUAUUAUUUGGAGCUUCUAUUUCUAGGAGACGUACUGAGAGUGGGGGGCUGCCAACACCAGACUGGUAGCACUAAAAGGAUCUUUCGUAGGGGCGUGACUCUUUGGACACCUAACGUUUGGUCCGAUCCCGAUUCCUGGGGUGAGCAUUCCAUUCACCACAAUUCUUGAUUCAAAUCAAUUCUCACAAUUUUGGUAUAAUAAUUUGAAUGUUACAGUAUAUGUAUGAAUGUAUACAUGUAUGUAUGUAUGUGUGUGUAUAUAUGUACAGUAUACACACUACCGUUCAAAAGUUUGGGGUCACAUUGAAAUGUCCUUAUUUUUGAAGGAGAAGCACUGUACUUUUCAAUGAAGACAACUUUAAACUAGUCUUAACUUGAAAGAAAUACACUCUAUACAUUGCUAAUGUGGUAAAUGACUAUUCCAGCUGCAAAUGUCUGGUUUUUGGUGCAAUAUCUACAUAGGUGUAUAGAGGCCCAUUUCUAGCAACUAUCACUCCAGUGUUCUAAUGGUACAAUGUGUUUGCUCAUUGGCUCAGAAGGCUAAUUGAUGAUUAGAAAACCCUUGUGCAAUCAUGUUCACACAUCU